AUGAGGAAAGGCCCGGAAGACGGGAGGACCCCUGAAGGAACCACACAUGUGAUGGUGAGGACACGGCGGUGGAAGAAGGAGGGUCUUGGCAGUAGCCCCAUGGGUUCCAGGGACCCCUCCACUCCUGCUUCAUCGAGGCAACUGUUUGAUGGGGACAGACUGAUCAUGGCAGGGGUUUGGAAGGAGGGUCUGGAUUUUUCAGAGGACGUUGUGUCUGGUGAUGUGCCCAGGGAUGCUAAGGCCUUCGGGGUCUCGGGGAGCUCCGGGGUAGAGAUCUUCAUAGUCUACGACCCCAAACGGGUGACAGAGCCCACAGGCAAGACCCACUGGCCCCUGGAUGCCAAGGUAGACGUGGUUGUCUCCGUGAACAGAGCCAGUAAGGACUUAAAUGACCUCAAGGUGAAGGUCUCCUACUUCGAGCAGCCUGAGGGCGAUGCCCUGGGCCACAGCGUGCUCUACCUCACUGGCGUUGAUGUCUCCCUAGAUGUUGACACAGGCCGGACAGGCAAGGUGAAGAGGAGCGGAGGUGACAAGAAAACCUGGCGUUGGGGCCCUGAGGGCUAUGGGGCUGUCCUGCUGGUGAACUGUGACCGGGACAGUCGCAAGUUCGGGGACCCCGACCUCGCCAACAGCCAGCUGGUGUCGCUGGACGACCUGCAGGACAUGUCCCCAGUGGUGCUGAGCUGCGACGGCCCUGAUGAGCUCUUUGACAGCCACGAGCUGGUCUUGAAGGUGCCCUUGUCUGAUUCUGAAAGAGUGCGGGUCUUCUGUGCCCGGGGUGGGAACUCCCUUGCCGACUACAAGCAGGUGCUGGGGCCGCGGCAUCUGACCUAUGAGGUGGAAAGGCAGCCCGGGGAGCGGGAGGUCAGAUUCUACGUGGAGGGGCUCACCUUCCCUGACACCGAUUUCUCGGGGCUGGUCUCCCUCAGCGUCAGCCUGGUGGACACAAAGACCUUUCCUCAGGCGUCCCUCUUCACAGACACCGUGACCUUCCGCGUGGCCCCCUGGAUCAUGACCCCCAACACCCAGCCCCCCCUGGAGCUGUACGUGUGCAGUGUGGUAGACUCUCACGGCUCAAAUGAGAAAUUUCUGGAUGACAUGUCUUAUCUGGCUUCAAAGGCCAACUGCAAGCUGGUCGUCUGUCCUCAGAUAGAUAAUCGAAAUGACCGCUGGAUCCAGGAUGAGAUGGAGUUUGGCUAUAUUGAGGCCCCUCACAAGUCCUUCCCCGUGGUCUUUGACUCUCCCCGGAACAGAGGCCUGAAGGAUUUCCCCUAUAAGAGGGUCCUGGGUCCUGACUUUGGAUACGUAACCCGGGAGAUCCUGUACACUGGCCCAUCCAGCCUCGACUCCUUUGGCAACCUGGAUGUCAGCCCGCCCGUCACAGUGGGCGGUGUGGAGUACCCGCUGGGCAGGAUCGUCGUCGGAGGCAGCUUACCCAAGUCCAGCGGCCGGCGCAUGUCCAAGGUGGUGUGGAACUUCCUGCGGGCCCAGCAGGUGCAGGCGCCUGUGCAGCUCUACUCGGACUGGCUCUCCGUGGGCCACGUGGACGAGUUCAUGACUUUCGUGCCCACCUCCGACCAAAAGGGCUUCCGGCUGCUCCUGGCUAGCCCCAGGGCUUGCCUCAAACUGUUCCGAGAGAAGAGCGAGGAGGGCUACGGGGAGGCAGCCCAGUUUGAUGGGUUAAAAUAUGAGGACAAGAGAACCAUUAAUGAGAUGCUAGCGGACAGACAGCUCCAGAGCGACAGUCGGUAUGCACAGAAAUGCAUCGACUGGAACCGCGACGUGCUGAAGCAGGAGCUGGGCCUGGUCGAGAGCGACAUCAUCGACAUCCCCCAGCUGUUCUCCGUGAGGGACUCCUACGCCGAAGCCUUCUUCCCUGACAUGGUGAACAUGCUGGUGCUGGGCACGCACCUGGGCAUCCCCAAGCCCUUCGGGCCCAUCAUCAACGGCCGCUGCUGCCUGGAGGAGCAGGUGCGCUCCCUGCUGGAGCCGCUGGGCCUCCACUGCACCUUCAUCGACGACUACCUGUCCUACCACGAGCUGCUCGGGGAGAUCCACUGCGGCACCAACGUGCGCCGGAAGCCCUUUCCCUUCAAGUGGUGGAACAUGGUGCCCUGAGCCCGCUCCCCAGCCUGCCCUCCCACCCUCCUGCGGGGCAGCCGUACCAGGGCGGGUGUGCGGAAUGUGUCCCGACCUCCAUCCUCCUGGGGGCUUUGGCAUGCCCGCCCUGUGCCUGCAGACGUGCUGGCCACUGUGGACACAGGGGCACGUCCUCGCCUCUGGAGGGGACAGCCUGCCCCCAGAACGACAGCCUCAUGCCACCCUCUCCCCUUCCCCACCCUCGGCCCCAGAGGUUCUGGAGGAGACCAGCAGUCUUGGCGUGUUCAGGCAUGGCUGUGCACGGCCUCAGCAGUUGGCCCCACUCUGAACUGCUCCUCUCUGUUCCGAUGCCUCCCUGCGGCAUGAGGAGGGCGGCUCUGUGUCUGUACUGGAGCGGAGCCCAGAGGGCCGGGGCUCUGCUGUGAGGGCCCGUUUCCAGGCCGCCUCUGGCUCCCCUGAGGCUAGGAAGAGACAGGAGGUAGCCUCUUCCCUCUACUGUUGUCUUUUCCCAGAGGGAACCACAGACUGUGAACCCCACCCUGACACCCCUCAGCUGGACGUCAUCACACAGGACAGGAAGGCCCAGCAUCUGAGGACCUAUUGUCAAAAGGGAAAAGGGGGAAACAAAAACUUGCUAAUACCUGACUCCAUCCUCGGAGGGUGCUUGUUACCUGUCUGGGAAGUCUUUAAUUACGAGAGCUGGCCGCUUCCGCCUGAGAAAUGCUGAGAGGCCAAAGCGAGGCCGGGAGGAUGCACGGGAGGACUGGGCAGGCGGCGAGCCAUGCCAGCAGAGGGCUGAGCACAUACCGAGGAUCGUGGGGCCUAGGGGCAUCCAUGUCCUGGGCUUCGAUCUGGAGAGAGCUGGCUGUUCCAGAUGUAGCAGGGGCAGGGGCCCAGAUGUUAGAGGAGGGUGGGGGACCAUUAGGUUAUCUCUGAAGGUGGAGUUUAAUUGCCAUUAAUAGUCUUUAAUUAUUCCCCUCGCUCUGCCGGCAGUGGGAGGGGAAGGCUUGCCCAGAUCCUCUGGGCAGUCCGUGGGCCCUGCACGUAGCUUGGGUUGGGUUUUGCCUGCCCCGUGGCAGGCGGUAAGCCCUCCCGAGUAGGGAAGACAAGCUGCCAUGGGAGUCUAAGCCCUGGGUGAGGCCACCAGGACGUGUGGUCAGGCAGGGUGGGCUGGGCUGCAGGCAGUGGGAGCCAGCCUGCCCUCCAUCCCCCUGUCUGAGGGUCAUCGAGAGGCUGGGUUUUCGGUGACCCCAGGCGUGACCUCAGACUAAGCCAGCUACAGUCAGUUUUUCACCAUGAAACACCGUGGAACUGCUGUGGUUCAAGGGGACGAAUAGGAACCUGGAUCCUCCCUUUCCAGAAGGUUCUGCAGAACUCCACUGGCAAGCUUCUGCUUUAACCUGUGCCCUUUGCUUAAGGCUGAGCCAAGAGGGAGAUGGCAGCUCUUCAGGGACUGAGGGUGUGAGGCUGGGGUUGGGGCUCCCCAGGGACAGGGCUGAGGACAGAAGGGGCAUCG